CACGAGACCCUGACUGAGUCUCCAGGCUUGUUGACCGCCGCCCAGGCACGGGACAAGUGACCGAACCCCACCACCUCACCGCCCUCGGCAUGACGGAAAGAGCAGUCUCCCAAGUUAUUCUGCCGUGACUGGCCGCCGCGCACCGGUUUCUGCACCCUCAAUGACCAGCUCGCUCGACAAAACAGUACGACCAUCGCCGCCGCAACUUGUGAACCACAAUGGCGCCUCCGAAGGGCUCGCGCGCCACCGACGACCACAAGGCCGAAGGUGGCACCACCAAGGAGAAGUCAGCCGCGCCCUCGUCCGUCAAGAUGCGCCGUGGGGCCAGCCAGACGAACGCCGCUACCCACGGCCUGAUCAAAGGCGCCAACGCGCCCACCUCCGCGGCCGCCCAGCAUACCGCUGCUACCGCUGCUGCUGCUGCCGCUGCCGAGGCCGCUACUCCUACCCUGAACUGGACCACGUUCGACCGCGCCGCGCUGAACGCGUACCGUCGCGAAUACCGGCUCUCCACGCCGACCUCCUUCUCCAGCACGUACCACCAGCUCGUCCUCUCUCGGCCCGGAGGCAUCGGGCUCUACUCGCCGACCAUGGCGCGCAGAAAUGGAGCCUUGCGUCGCCAGGGCAAGGAGCAGCUCGCCAUGGCGGUGCGCAAGCACUUCAACGGCGUGGGCGUGCAAGAGAAUGACGUCAUUGUCGACUUUCUUCACAAGAUACACAGCGAGAGGGUCGCGAGGACAUCCGGACCGACCCGUACAGGUGCGAUUGUUACAAAGUAGAGGGGGUCUUGGCUUGAGCGACUGCUUCGUGUGUGGCAUUUGGGUGGCGUUUUGGCGCGUGGGCAUGGUGGCUUUCAUGGGAUACCAAGUGGCAUUGACGUUGUGGGCUCACGUCAGGAUCAUUCUGCCCGCAAUUACCAUCAGAUAGAUUAAUCUUCUUUGUUCAGAGGACGUGUCGUCGUCCAAAAUGCACUGCAUCUAGCAUGGAGGUUGACGUAGCUCCUGCAGCUUGGACCUUUGGCGUCAACACCGGUCGAUAGCAAAAUGGGGCGCUUGCGGACUGA